UUUCCUUUGGCAACUUAUUUUAUAUUUUGGCCUGUGUUUUCAAUUAAUGCUUGAAGUGCAGUAUUCAUUUGUUAUCCUUUAAAGUAACUCGCAGUCGAGUAGUUUUUCAGAAUCCAAGUUUAAAGGAAGCUAGAGAGUUUCCAGAGAUUAAGAAAAGGAACAGAAUUUUCCCACUCUUCUACUUUGUAUCUGCAUUAUAUAAUUCUGUAAAUAUAUGUAUUCUAGCAUUCAGUUCUGUGACUUAUACAUUGUAUUAUUAAUUUACUAUUGAGCACUCUUCGCAUAUAUCUGUAUACUGUACAGAACAUUCCUAAUAACACAUGAGUUUACAAAGAAGCUGGUGAUACAUUGUUGUGAAAAAAAUAUCGUUCAUUCUUCAUACACAGUAGUGAAUAAGCAUGUUCUCUGGUGGCAGAUGAAGUUAGCCGAUCACAUUUUGUCUUGAAUUUGUAACUGGAAAUUUUUAAAUAUCAUUUCCAACUUCCUGGUUGUGAUUGCUUAUUUGGAAGAAGUGACUGAGUUUUGCAUUUUGUCAGCAGAACUAAAAUGAAAAACUAAUUAGUUAAACUUUUUAGAGCAAUGUUUUGGUGUAAGAAUGAUAGUAUUUAUAGCAAUGGGAGAGGAUGUCAUAUUAUUUUGAUAUAACUAUAGUUAGUACUUUUUGUCUAACUCACACUGACAUUUUAAGUGCAGAUCGUGAUCAAAACUCUGGAGUUUUAAUGUUUAAUUGCUUUUGCCAAUUUUAUUUUAAGCACAGUCACAGAACUUUGUCUAUUACUGUAGAAAUCAAUAAAAAAAGAUUUCUUUUGCCAACCAUUGUUAGUAGUAACGAAUUUUCCUCCAUGUCAUAUUUACAGAGAACCUACCAUAAAGGAUAGUCUUAUCCAGUUUUUAAAUGCCUGCUCAUUUUCCAUUGCCACUCUAAAUACAGAUAGUUCAGGAUUAUCCUUCUUUUUCCUUAAAAUAGGAUAUUGGCUAAAGGUUCUUAAGGAUGUUUUUGCACUGCAAAAAAAUGACAGAUGAGUCUAAUUUAAGAGAAGGUCCUAUUUUUUAAAAAAAAAAAAACCCAACAACCCAGAAUUUAAGGUGUGCACAGUGCUUUGUAAAUGCUUAGUAUCAUUAAAAGAAGUAAAACUAUUGAGUAGCUCAUUAAUAUUUAGCUAUGAUGCUCUUGCUGUAUUUAAUCCAAUAAAUUAGCAAAAGGUAAAUGUCUUAGCAAAAACUUGGAAGAAUGAUUAACACAUGAGAUAAGUGUCUUUUCGUGUAUCGGUGCACACGGUUGUGACUAACUGGCUUCUAUAUUUGACAUGUUCAGCCAGGUUUGGAGAUGGAUUGUAUGAUUCCUACAUGAGAAUAGAUCAGAUUAAGUACCCAGAUCCUACAAAUGAAGAACACAGCCCUUCUGGACUUCCUUUGCUCCGGAGAUCAAAUGUAUGAAUUUUGGGAAGAGAGCAGGGGAAGGAAGAGAACAGAAAAUGCAUAGCAACUGGCAAAUUGGUUUGUUACUAGCAACAAAUUCACUAUGAAAGAUCAUCCUCUGACUGGAAGUCAGGUCAAAGUUGAGCAACUAUUUGAGGACUCUGGGAAUAAGAGGAGCAGUACUCUUCAGUCUGCAGGACUCAGUAGUUCCGAAAGAUCUCUUCCUUCCUUGUCAAAGGAUAAAAGUAUAGACAGCUUAAGCACGGCCAAAUCUUGUGGAAGUUCAUCAAAAGUGCGCAAAGCUAUCUCUCAGGCUCCAGAGCAAGCAGUGAAGCAAUAUAAACAUCAGUUAUCUGCUUUCGAGCAGCAAGAAAUAUGUAACUUUUCUGAAAUUUACUUUGUGGGUCCAAAUGCAAAAAAGAGGCAAGGAGUAGUCGGUGGCCCCAACAAUGGAGGAUAUGAUGAUGACCAGGGUGGAUACAUUCAUGUGCCUCAUGACCAUCUGGCUUACCGAUAUGAAGUACUUAAAAUAAUUGGAAAGGGCAGUUUUGGACAAGUAGCUAAAGUUUAUGAUCAUAAACUCCACCAGCAUUUGGCCUUAAAGAUGGUUCGCAAUGAGAAGAGGUUCCACCGUCAAGCAGCAGAAGAAAUUCGGAUUUUGGAGCAUCUCAAAAAACAGGAUAAAACUGGUAGCAUGAAUGUUAUUCACAUGCUAGAAAGUUUCACCUUUCGGAACCACAUAUGUAUGACCUUUGAGCUCCUGAGCAUGAACCUGUAUGAGCUGAUCAAAAGAAAUAAAUUUCAAGGGUUCAGUGUGCAGCUGGUACGCAAGUUUGCCCACUCUAUAUUACAAUGUUUGGAAGCUCUUUAUAAAAACAAAAUAAUACAUUGUGACCUGAAGCCAGAAAAUAUACUUCUAAAACAGCAAGGGCGGAGUGGCAUCAAGGUUAUUGAUUUUGGGUCCAGCUGCUUUGAGCACCAGAGAGUCUACACGUAUAUUCAGUCUCGAUUCUAUAGAGCCCCAGAGGUCAUUCUGGGAAGUCGCUAUGGGAUACCCAUAGACAUGUGGAGUUUUGGUUGUAUUCUGGUAGAACUGUUGACUGGAUAUCCUCUUUUUCCUGGAGAAGAUGAGGGAGACCAACUGGCUUGUAUGAUGGAGCUUCUUGGAAUGCCACCUCAGAAGCUUUUGGAUCAAUCCAAGCGAGCCAAGAACUUCUUCAACUCCAAGGGUCAUCCUCGCUACUGCACUGCAACUACACAUGCAGAUGGGAAAGUGAUCCUCAAUGGCAGUAGAUCACGCAGGGGUAAAAUGCGUGGUGCUCCAGGCAGCAAAGACUGGGUGACAGCAUUGAAAGGCUGCGAUGACCCCUUGUUUAUAGAAUUCUUAAAAGAAUGUCUUAACUGGGAUCCUUCUGCACGCAUGACUCCAAGUCAAGCUUUAAGACACCCUUGGAUUUGUAAGCGAAUGCCCAAACCACCCAGUACUGAUAAAAGCAUGGGUAAACGGAUAUCUAACUACACGAGCUCCUUCCCAGGAAUAGGUUCUAAGUUGCCUCCAGUAGUUGGAGUGGCAAACAAACUGAGGGCUAAUUUAACAUCUGAAUCAAAUGGCAGUAUACCUCUAUGCACUGUACUACCAAAACUGGUCAGUUAAUAGACAAUUAUGUAUUUCCAGAGUACAUACCUUGUAUUUUAAUUAUCUGCUAGAAACGUGUAAGGUGGUGAAAUGCAGAGGUUUUUAAUGGAUUUACUUUUCAUUAAAUACUAAAUCUUGAAUCAAAAUGUAAACAUUUCAAGGGCUAAUUGUUUUAUCAAGUUGUUUCAGUUGCAGUGUGGUGCAUAUUACAUCACUUGAUAGGUCAACACAUCUGUUCUGGUCAGUGAGAUUACACGAUUUAACAGUUGUGUUUAGUAGCACUGUUUUUAAGAAAAGAAUCAAACCAUUUCUUAUCUGGACAGUUUCAGUUAACAAAUGUUUUGUCAUAAGACAGCAAGAAAAAAGCAUUUAAAAUUGUAUUCUGUUGGAUAGAAUGAGCUCUGCUUUCAGUUAAUCCCCAAGUGAACUUCUUAAAUUUGGAUGAAAUGUUACAGAUUUACUGUCAAGAGCGCAAGUGUUUUAAUCUAAAAAGCGAGGCUGUUGCUUCCCAAUUACAAAUUUAUAUUUGAAUGAUUUGGCUUCCCUACACAAUGCUGGCAUAGAGGGAUCCAAGUUGCUGCAUUCCUAAAUUUCUGAGGCUGGGAUUUUCAAAGGAGCGUACAAGUACAAUUGAUGGGACACAUAAGUUGUAUGUGGACCCAGGAUCAACUUCUGUACUGGGAUAUGCACUCACUAUCCCCACUGAACUCUAUGGGAGUUGCAGGCGUGCACAGGAGCAGAACUGGACCAUAACAUGAAGUAUAAUUUGCUCAGGGCUAUUGAAAACAUUGUUUUGACUUAAAUUUAAUGUACACUUUUGCUAACUGGUUCUUUCCCUGUCCCUCCCAAAAUGAAGAUGCCCAGCCAAAAUAAAGCACCCUUGCCAUUAGAGAUGUUUACAAUACUGGGCUCUUAAAGUCUUUUUUUCUGUCCUGCAGGGUGAAUUCCAUUGAAUAACAUUGAAAUCCUUUUAAAAAUAGUCACUCCUUUUUGCUAGAUAAGUAGAAUUUUUAAGGGUCAGGACUGUAACCAGAGGUUGUGCGAGACAAGAGACUAGUCACUAAAAGAGUGGCCUGAAAUCUUUUUAAACACAAAUUGUCAGAUUUGGUAAAGAGUAAUAAAUUUAAAGUAUUGAAAUGAAAGUUUGUAUGGGGGAAAAGUUGCUUUGUUUCUGGCAGUGUCCUGGCAGGUGGCUGAAAGAAUGAGAUCCCUCAUAUGCUGUUUUGAAUGCUUCAGAUAUAUUCUCUAUCCCUCCUCUUUCCUUCCCCCCCCUCACCCCCCCCCCCGGCAAGAAUGUGAAACGUUGUUAUGACCAAUAGAGACAGCAGCACAACUUGUCAAGAUUGUUACUCCUCAGAGCUCCAUGGUCUGGGAAGAUUCAGUUACAAAAACAUCUGAUCCCUUGCCAAGUGUCUGAACAGAGUUUUAAAUACAAUUUUAGAGCUUUUACAAACAGAGCAUUUUAAAUUUAACAAGUUUCUCUAGAGCAGGUUUUAUGUUAAAACAGGGAAACCCUUGAUUACAUAAUUAUUGGUGUGAUUUGCAAAAUAUAUUGACCAAACAGCUAAAUCCCAGACUCUCUCUCUGAGAGGUUGGAAAUGCAUUUUUUGCUCUGUUGCAUUUAGUUGUAUUCAUCCAUGAAAUGUUUGAUGAUAAAAGGCCCAGUCCUGCAAGUUUGUCAGCAUAUCGCAGGGUCAGGACCAAAAUUAGGCAAAAAGGGGCUUUGGAUCAGGCUCACUGAUGGUGGCAAAUGACUUCAAACUGUUUGGUAAAUACCAUUGUAAAAAUUCAAGAAGACAGAGCACAAGUUGCAUAUAUAUUUAUUCUGAUCUCUAAAUUCCAAACUUUCCUCCAGGAAGUUGGCUAUAUUAAGGGUUCUACAGUACAUGGCCUUUUAAAUUUUGUUGAGUCAUUUUGUCUUCAAUAAGCUUAAUAAUCACAUUAACUGAAAGUAAUGCAGCUUUGCAUUUAUUCCAUACAUUGGUUAAUAUGUCUCAAAUGGCCACUACAUGUGGUCCUUCUAUGGUCAUGUUGCACUUUAUAGCAAUCUUCCUCAAAUGGCUGGCUAAAAUAAUUUUUUAUUUGAAUGGAAAGUCAAGCAAGCACGCUUUUAUAAAUGCUAUAAGAUGCCUAUGGUUUUAGCGGAAUUGAAUACAUAUGGAGCAUCUUCAGAAGCAAGAAUAAUUAAUUGCACAAUGCGAAUGAAAUCUUUGGAGAAACACCACAGGAGACAUGGAAGAAUAUUCAAGACAAAUGAAAAAGAGAAUAUUAUGUAUAUGAGGACAAAUUGUCAUUAUUACUAUUUAUAUUAUGAUAGCACCUAUAAACUCCCUUUAAGGAUUAGGGCCCCAUACACACAAAACAAGUGUCUGCUCUGGAGAGCAAUGAACAUGGGUCCUGGAGGCUGGAGGUUUUUGAUCUGUUAAAAUACUGCACGAAACAAGAUUAUUUUAGUCUCUCUUCUCCUAGGAACCAAGAAUACCGUAGCUACCAGUUUAGAUGGCCUCUAAUGUUACACUUCUUGUCUAGGUACAGUGCUGUUUUUUGAAAUGUGUGUUUAUAAAGCAGAAAAUAUAACAAUGGCAGAAAAAACACCACUGCUUUUACCAGAAACAUUUGUUCACCUUGACCCCAGGUAAGUCAGGUACCAGUCCCAUUUAACUAGGACUACUCACAUGUUUAAAAUCAGGAACAUGCUUGGGUACCUUGUUGGAUCAAGGCCUUUUGUCUGUAUAGACGUAGCAGAUAAGGAAAAACAGAUCACCUGGUAUGUUAAGUGUGUUUAAAAUGGAAAAAGUAGCUUUUUGUUGGUACUGGUGCAUUGUCCUCCAUUGUUUUCUCUAUUUUGCAAAUCAGCAAGACCCCAUUGGGUCUCCCAGGCAUUAGUGAGGUUCUCCUGUAAUUUAAAUCAUGUUCACCUGUGACUCUAGCACAAAACAAAUGUAAUUUAUUGAGGUUUAUAGUAAAGCCAUAACAUGAAAUUUCUAAGACUUUUUAAUGGAUUAGUCCAAACUUCAUUUUUAAAACUUACUUAUAGUGUUCAUUAUGUUUUACAACACAUAAUAUAGACUCAGUAUUAUAAAUAACAUGCGCUGUUUGUGUGGUUUUUAAUCCUCUUUUAAGAAGUGUGGAUUGUAGCAAUUUAGUUUAAUGAUAUUUUUAAUUUAAAUUACUGAAUAAUAAGAUAAGCAUCACACGUGACAUACAACAUACAUACUUUUACACUGGGGCAAACUUAAUAUGACUAUUCAAGAUGCAAGGAUAAACAUGAUUCUAUUUUAAAAGUCAGGUGGGCAGUGGAGUAUAAUUCUUCCAUUACAGAUUACGAUAAAACACAAACAUUUAAACACAACCUGCAUUUAGUACUCAAGGUUAUGUCAUGUUCCUUAAUAGGUUUGCUCUUACUAAUACUGAUUAUUGAAAAAGUGUUUUUUUCACUUUUAUACUGAUCAUUCUGUACAGUUGUCAUCUUCCACAUGCUAUUAGAAUUUUUGUUUUUUCUUCCUACCUAGUUUGAGUAAGACUUCUAGUCUAGUGACAAUUUAAGCAUCUAAACUAAUUGGAUGGCAUUUUUAAAAGGGAUUUGAAUUCUGAGAGAGAAUUUUUGUGGAACUGUGGGUCUGUUAGUCAAAAUCUGGUAUAGUUCACUUUGACUGUGAUCCCUUUGGACUUGGAAGUGGUAAAAAAAAAAAAAAAAUCUAGUAUCUUUUUAAUGGUAAUCUGACCCUACUGGUGCUUCAUGACAGUGAUCCUCUGAAAACUACCUCUGAAUAAACCCUGAGUCCUUUAAAAAGGCACCCACUACAAGCCACAACCAUCCCCCCAUCAUUAGUAAUGGCUAUUUUGGUUAUGAAGCACAUACAUGAUGAUCUCAGCAGUGUUUUACUAAUCCCAGCCAUACAAGCAAAAGGCUGAUUCUGCACCCGAAGCUCUGUGUUGAAAACGAGAGAUGCCAAUCCCCUGCCUGACAAAGUCUUUAAUGCCAUAGUGGAAGUGAAGAGCCAAAAUAAUAUGGAAAUAUUUGCAGUACUUUAAUGCACUAUGUAACAAGAUUAAAGACAGAUGCUGUGUACCCAAAACUUUUUUUUAAUUAACAAACCUGUGGGUCUGAUUUCCCUCACUUGCCCUGUCUGAGCUGCUGUGCACCUUCACUGGGAAUUUUGGGUGCUCUGCAAUUGUGAAAAUUGAGCUCUGAGUUCUGAUACACAAGGUACACCCCAGCUCUUUUCAAUGAAUUUAUCAUGCUGCUCUUUUUAGUAAGAAGUCGAAGAGAUUAAAUUUAUGUAUACAUACGUGUGUGUGUGUGUGUGUGUGUGUGUGUAUAUAUAUAUAUAUAUAUAUAUAUAUAAUAAUAAUAUUUCCCUUAGAAGAACCCGCAUCUAGUCUGGUAUAAAACUCCCCUGAUACCUUAUUAAAUAUAGCUUCUAAUUACAACUCCCACCAUAACAUGCAAAACACUUGGCUCCUCAGAACAGUCUUGUAUAGGAGAAGGUUGUUCUAUCUGCAUUUAAAGGGGGUGCAUUUACUUUACACCAAAUAACACCCUUACAAAUUAGGUAACUGACUGAAGUCUGUGUUGCUGAAAGAGCAAACCAUGUUCCUUGUUCAUAGAACUGUGCCUUAUUUUAUGAGCCUGCAUUUGUCUCAAUGAAAUCAAAUUACUAAUUGGGGUUUCUUAUACAUAGCAGCUAUUCAUACUAAAUGUCAAUAUGUCUAAAGAAUUUACAGGUUAGCCUUUUUAUUAUUGUAGAUUGUUCUGAGGUGUAAUAUGGUGGAGAAUGUAGGAAAACAGUAAGGUGCAUGUGAACUUAACAUUUUCUCUUUGUGAAGGAACACUUUUGAAAUAAGCCAGUUUUAAACUAUGUACGUAAAUGUAAUGAACAAAUAUUUCCUAAAAUUGUACUUCAAUUCAUUUUUUAAAUAAAUACAUAAUUUUCUUUA